GUGCUUCUCCCUGCCCAGCGUAGGCAGAGCCGUGCCUUGGAGUCUGAGCAGCCGUGCUGACCAUGAGCGAGCAGAGCCACGUCAACAGCCUGUUCCUCAAUGAGGACGCAGCCAAGCGGCUCAGUGCCGAGAGCCGGGUUCAGCGCUUCCGGCAGGCAGUGCAGAAGCGGGCGGCACGGGCCAAGAAGCGGAUGCACAGCAUCACUGCCGCCAGCGUUAAAAGCUUCUUCAAGAGAAAUGCCUUUGUCCUCUUCACCAUUGCUGCAGUCUUACUAGGAGUCAUCCUGGCAUUCUCCCUCCGGCCCUACCAGCUGACUUAUCGCCAGAUCAAGUAUUUCUCCUUCCCCGGCGAGCUGCUGAUGCGUAUGCUCCAGAUGUUGGUUCUUCCUCUCAUUGUCUCUAGCUUGAUUACAGGAAUGGCCUCGCUGGAUGGCAGAGCCUCAGGGAAGAUGGGGAUGCGAGCUGUCGUCUACUACAUGGUGACCACAAUCAUAGCAGUCUUCAUUGGCAUCCUAAUGGUGAUCAUCAUCCACCCAGGAAAAGGAUCUAAGGACAAACUUCACCGAGAAGGCAGAAUUGAGCAGGUGCAGACCACAGAUGCAUUCAUGGACUUGGUGAGGAAUAUGUUCCCGCCCAACCUUGUAGAAGCCUGCUUCAAACAGUACAAGACGCAGUACAGCACCAGGGUCUUCACCAGAACCGUCCUCCACAGCAGCAAUAUCACAGCAGGUGUGACAACCACACAGAUCCCUGUGCCUGAGAACUUCACCGGCAUCCUGGAGAACAUCACUCAUGCCCUGGGGACCGUCUCCGAGGUGCUGACCUUUGAAGAAGUCAUUCCCAUCCCGGGCUCAGCCAAUGGGGUGAACGCACUGGGGCUGGUAGUGUUCUCCAUGUGCUUCGGUUUGGUGAUCGGCAGCAUGAAGCAGAAGGGACGGGCCCUGCGGGAGUUCUUUAACUGCCUCAACGAAGCCAUCAUGAGGCUGGUGGCCAUUAUCAUCUGGUGA